AUGCCUCCCGCUUCCGCUACCCAGAAGCUCAAAGACGAGGAGAAAGGCAAUUCCCGAGCUUCAAGCGUUUCCAAGGAUCCCGAGAGCCCCAGCUGCGAUGGCCAGGAGAGUAACUACUUGAAAGAGCUGCAGAAGACCCUUCGCAAUGCCGUGAAGAAGUUGAACUCCCUCACCAAAGUCGACGCUAUCAUCGCCGAAAACCCGGAUAAGUCGCUUGAUGAACUGGUUGACGAGAAGAAGAUCAACAACGAUCAGAAGGCCCAGGUACUCAAAAAGCCUACCCUUCAGGCUACUAUUGCCCAGACGGAAGAGCAGAUUGGUCACUACAAGCAAUUCGCUAUCCAAUACGAGGACCGUCUAGUUGCUGAGAAGGCCGCGCUUGUCAAGGCGCAUGAGGCGGAGCUCGAAGCUGUCCGUAAGAACGCCAUCGUUGAUGCGACUGAAGCCUCCAAGAAGGCCCUGCGACAGCAGUUCUAUACCGUGACUAAAUUUUUGUGCGCCGCGGCCAUUCUUCGACGCGACGGUGAUGCCGUCACUACUGAGAGUCGUGCUUUCGAGGGUGUUCUGUUCGAAGUGUACGCUGGCAACCAGUCGGCAGUCAAUUCGCUACUGAAGAUUGCCGAGGGUGCCGAUGAGAAGGUCAAUUCUGUUGAGGGUACCAUUCUUGAUUUUACUUAUGGUGAUGUGAAGCAAGCAUCUGACAAGUUCGCUCCACCUGAGGAGACUACCGAAGUUGCCUCGGAGGCAACCCCUGCCACGGAGCCUACGUCCGAUCCCACCAUGGCUAAUGCUGGACUGACCGAGCUCCAGGAUACCUCUUUCGGCGCCCAGGCUGAGCCUGCAGCUUCCCAAGCUGAUCAGCUGGCCCCUCCUGCGCAGACUCUGGUUUCCGAUGCUGGAAACUCUAUUGCGGAGCAAACCUGGGCUCCUACUUCCGAUGAGAGCAGUGAAUGGGUCAAGCUUCCUCGCAACCCUGAUGAGACUGACACCGGCCUCCAUGCUACCCCGGCUAGCGCUGAUGUGGGUUUGAAUAACAGUUCUGUUGGCGCUGAUGUUCCGACUCAGGGCGAUAACGGUGCCAAGUCUGGUGGACGCCGUCGUCACGGACAGGGAAACCGCGGUGGCCGAGGCCGAAAUGACGCUAAGCGUGCUAGUGAGGGCCGAGCUCCUGAGGGCCGUACUGGCGAGGGUCGUGGACGUGGUGGACGCCGAAGCGGUCGUGGUGGACGUGGUCGUGGCGGCGCAAACGGCUCUGGCUCUGGCUCUGGCUCGGCGGAAGCUCCUACUUCCAGCGAGUAA